UGGCAUGUGAUGCGCGCACCGCUUCCAAACAUGUUUCAGAAUGUAGCCUAAUGCUAAGUCUAAUGUGUUGAUGGGACAAACCACCACCAUUAAAUCACACGUUUCAACUGAUAAACUGUAUGAAGUUUUACCUUUCCCGGGUAUGUAAAUAAAAUGAUAUUAGCCUAAGAGGUGUGGCUACGCCGUGCAUUUACCGAACCCAAAUCCCACACGCAUGCUUAACCCGGGUCACAACAGCUGUCAAAGCUGUCACACGAGUUUCUCUAAUUUGAUCAGAGGUUGGAAAUAUAUACCCCGCGGAUGCAACAAAAAUGCGUAUCACCUAUAAGAAGUGUCUUUCACUGAUUUUGAUCAGUGUGCUACUGCUGCUAGCUCUGUUUUAUGCUAGCAGCCCUGGAACCAGCUCAGUAGUUGACAUCCGGCCAAGACAGGAUAGUCCAUUAAAGAAACUCCUUGAUGGGAAAAUUGGAGACACCAUCAGUGGCUAUCGUGACAUUCCCUACCACAUAAAGGAGGAGGUGGCAUGUCGUUUGGCUCAAAAUACAUGUGUAUGUCUGGCUGAUAAGGACACGUUUCAGCUGCCGCUAUCCAAUCUGCUCUUUCCACGUGUGUGGGCCCAAAACCUCAGUAAUGCCUUCCUAGAGUCCCAUCCUGAUCCUGAGGGCAUAAAGCGUCACAGAGCUAUGGAGUACAGCAGCUUUCAGAGGAGGUCCUACAAUCCUGCAAAUGAGCUUAUUGUAACUGAAGCCAACAAUCCUCUUCAGUAUCCCACCCAGGGCGUGGAGGUGCGACCCCUCAAAACAAUCAUCAUUCCUGGUUUGGGUCUUAAAGAAGAAGCAAGAUCAAACCACAUGGUAUCUUUGACAGCAACACUGGGGACUUUUGAUGUCGCUGCUACAGUGGACAAGGUCUCUGUUAAGGGGGAGGGGGCGAAGCACAUGAGACUGUCAGGUCCCCUUCUCUCUGCUCUGAACAGGCAGCUGCAGUUCGUCACCUAUACAAACACUGUGUUCCAUCCCAAGACAGCAGAUACAGUUCAAUUUGCAACUGAAAGUCACCAGUCAUUUUUCACCAUUAAAGUUGGACAUGGAACCAUUCCAGCACUUUACAACUCUAGAUACCAAAAAGAGUACAAUAUUAGUGCUCUUGUUACCAUCGCCACCAAGACCUUUCUACGCUAUGACAAACUCAAAGAUCUCAUUGACAGCAUACGGCAAUAUUAUCCCACCAUUACCAUAGUGAUAGCAGAUGAUAAUGAACACCCUCAGCCAGUGACCGGGCCUCACAUUGAACAUUACAUCAUGCCAUUUGGAAAGGGUUGGUUUGCAGGAAGAAACCUGGCAGUGUCUCAAGUGACCACUAAGUAUGUGCUCUGGGUGGAUGAUGAUUUUUUCUUCACUGCAAACACCAAGUUGGAGAAAAUGGUGGACAUCCUAGAGAAGACCACUUUGGAUCUGGUUGGCGGUGCAGUGAGAGAGGUGACAGGUUACACUGCAACGUUCCGUCACACCAUUUCAGUGGAAGAAGGUGGAGAAGAAGGCGACUGUUUACAUAUAAGACCUGGCUACUACCAUGUUAUUGACGGAUUUCCUAAUUGUGUAGUAGCUGAUGGCGUCAUCAACUUCUUCAUGGGGAGGACAGACAAGGUGCAACAGGUGGGCUUUAACCCCCGCCUGGCACGGCAGGGUCAUCUGGAGUUCUUCAUUGACGCUCUGGGCUCCCUCCACAUUGGCUCCUGUAGUGACAUCAUUGUAAGCCAUGCAUCAAAGAUCAAACUACCCUGGAGUGAAACGGACUCCCAAAAGGCCUACAACAAAUUCCGCUAUAAACUUUCCAGUGGUGAUGCUAACAUUCAUAAGGAAAACUUCUACUUCAAGAACAGGUUCAAGUGCAUGACCAGUCAGUGAACCGUGGGGACCAAAACUAUACAAAAAGCGCUUGACAAUACAAGGUCGCCCCACCCAUUGUACUCUGGACAUAGAAAGAUACAACAACUGAAUUUUUGUUGGUUUAACACAUUGGACGCCAUUAGAUACUGAUUCACAGGGACACCUCAUCUGAAGGCAGGUGCUACAAUUAGAAGAGAUUUACAUUUACUGCUUGGAGAAGAAGUAUUGUGCUCUCCACAACAUCGAGGAUGAUGGUGCGCUCCCAAGUUUACAGCCUGCAGGACACACUUCUCCAUAUUUGUCAGUGUGCUGAAAGGCGACCCACAGGCAAGUCACUGGAUGGUGGUCGACCUCAAAUUGUCCUUGUCAUCGAUUAAACACUUAGUGAAGACUUCAGAAAAUGUUUAGUGCUUGCUGUGUGGACAGAUUUGUUCUAUAAACAGAUUAUAAUUCUUUGGGAUAGAUAGAAAAACUGACGGAUCCUAUUUUCUCUAUCAGAUAUAUACGUCCACACACAGUAUUGAUCUCCAACAGUAUGCACUCAAAAUAUCAUGUUUUUCAUUGUUUUUUUUAUUUGUUGUUAAAUGCACUAUGUGGAUUUUUUAUGUACUGUGACUUUAAAAAGAUAAAGACACAGAAAGAUAGAUGAAAUGUGAAAACAUGUGUCAUAUUUUCAAAGUAAUAUUUAAAAAGUAAAUAUAGAAAUGUAUAAUGUAAAUUAUAGUUCAUUUAUCAUUCCCCCUAUUCUCCAUUUCCUUUGUAUCUCUAGCUCAACCUGUUAAUUUCAGUAUUUGUUGGUGGUUGUAAUUACUUUUUCCAGACCUUCCUCAUUUCAUAUCUAAUCAGCUGCCCCACCAUCCAGGUUAAUCAUUACACCUGUCCUUUCCAAGGUUCAAAGUGUCUGCUGUUAAAAAGCUCUCUUUCAAUGACUGUCAACAACAGCAAAAGCAGUUAUCAAUAUAAGGUUUUUGUUUGACUUUUAACUGCCUGGUAUCAAUGGUAAAUCAAGUAUUUAAAACAACAA